UGAAAAAGAUUAUAAAAUCAAAAUAAAAGAUGCAUUUGAAACAAAUACACUUGGUCUUGAAAAUACCGAUAAUAUAGACGAUAAUGAAGAAACGCAAUAUUUUGAUAAUCAAGUUCUAACUUCAGCACAAAUUAAAAAAUUUAAAAAAAUAUUUUUACAAAGUACUAUUAAGGAAAAUAAUGAAGAGCAAGAAGCUAAUGAAAAAAUAAUCACUCUUUUAGAUUAG